AUGGAUGACAGCAGUCAUGUGCAAUCGAUCCGAGAGGGAUUCCGAAUCAACUGGAUGAACAUGCGUGAUGCGCUUACUGGACAAGUUAUGUGGGAAAGCGGCGAGUGGGAUUGCGGUUUGGAUGAGCUGGAGGCUCAAGUUCCUCGAGAAAUUCUGAGCUGCAGACAGGUGUCCCGCGAACUCAACUUCUCCUCUGUGGAGGUUCUGACAAGCUUGAGAUUGGUGCAGUCGGUUAUUUUCAAGGGCGAACCAUUGGAGGAGUGGAACUUUCAUUUUGGUUUCGUGAUACCAAAUUCCACGAACACCUGGCAGCAAACCAUAGAGGCUGCAGAUGAGGAGGAGAUGCUUCCGGCAGAACUAUUGUGA